AUGGCUGAUUCGAACAGCCAACACCGUCGGACCGUUGCCGGUGGUACGGAGACACUCAUUGAUCAUCCUGGUUCACCCUUAAAUGUUGUUCCUCAUAAUCUUUCACCUGUUUUUGCAUUUAAUGAAGAUGAAGAUGCAUUGUUUGAGAAUAGGGUUGUUGAAGACCCUGAACCUAUUUCUUCAGAGUUUCCAGAUGAUUUUUUUUUCUGUUUUAUUAAAUGCACAGCUUUAAAUGCAUACGAGUACUUUUUUCUGAAUCAAAAUGCCACAAAUGAUGAUGAAGAUGGUGUUCAGAAUUGUACUUUUACACAGUUGCUAUCAACAGGUAUUCAUGCGAACAAGGAGUUUUAUGUUCACCACACACCCAAUGGCACUAGAAUGUGGUGUCCUAAUGUUCCUAUUGUUUUAAAGCCUGUUGUUGGUUCUGUAUAUGAAACGUGGAACGACGUGUUCAGUAUGUACAAGGACUAUGCUGUGUAUUCUGGGUUUUCUAUUCGUAAGGGGCAAACCAAGAGAUGGAAGGGUUUUGUCACUCACCAGUACCUAAGGUGUACUAAAUAUUCAAAACCACAAAUUAGGCGUAAAACUGAUACCUUGGAGCAGUCAACCUUGACUAUUAGGCAAAGUAAUUUCACAGUGACAGAUUGCAAGGCUAGUAUACUGGUUAAGUUUUCUGAGGGCAGCUCUAUGUGCACAGUGGUAGGGUUCCAUGAGCACCAUAAUCAUCCCUUUGUUGAGCGUUUUAAUCGUGACCUAAGUAGGAUUUCAAGGAAACUACCCUUUACAUCCAAACAGUUUAUCCAUAACAUGAGUUUGAACAGAAUUGGUCCAAUUGUUUCUCACAGAGUUUUAGUGUCCCUGAUGGGUGGAUAUCACAACGUACGUGGGACGCCAACUGAUUUUAAGAACUGGAGCCAGUCGGUUAGGCUUUAUAUUGGUGACCGUGAUGCGCAACUUGUUAUAGAUCGUUUGAAAGAAAGAUCGGAGAGCUUACCAGACUUUUACUAUGAGUUUGUGGUUGAGAAAGGGCAAUUGAGGUCGAUUUUUUGGGCAGAUGAAAUUUCCAAGAUAAACUAUGAGGUGUUUGGUGAUGUGUUAGCUUUUGAUACGACUUAUCACACUAACAAGUACAACAUGAUUUUUGUUCCUUUCACUGGUGUUGAUAAUCAUAAACAAUGUGUGACAUUUGGUGCUGGCUUGCUAUUCAAUGAAACCACCGAGUCUUACAAGUGGUUACUUGAAUCAUUUCUGAAGGCACACAAGAAGCAACCAAAGUUAGUUCUGACGGACCAGGACCCUUCAAUGAAAGCUGCCAUUUCAGAGGUUUUCACAGACGCUCGGCACCGCCUUUGCAUGUGGCAUAUUAUGAAAAAACUUCCAACCAAGAUUCAUGGAGACCUAUUACAAAACUCUGAGUUAAGGGCAUUGAUGCAUCGUUUGGUGUGGAGUAUUCACAUGAAACCAUCUACAUUUGAGACGCGUUGGCAACUUUUGAAUGAUAUGUACUCAAUUAGGGACCAAUGGGUACCUGCCUACUUCCGUGAUAUCCCAAUGUGUUGUCUGAUGAAGACCACAUCAAGAUGUGAAAGCUCUAACUCAAGCUUCAAGGUCAACUCUACUAGUGCUAACACACUAGUUCAGUUCAUGCUAUGUUAUGAAACUAGGAUAGACAAUCAGCGUUACAGGCAACGUGUUGCAGAGUUUAAAACCUCAUCUAGUGUAUUCAUGGACAGUACUGAUUUAGCUAUCGAGAAGCACGCUUUUGAGCUGUACACACAUGCAAUUUUCACAGAGGUUAAACUUGAGUUGAGAAAUCAGUCGGUCUCUUGUUCAUGCAACAACUUCAUCCGUAUUGGAUAUCUGUGUAGGCACAUCUUUUGUGUUUACCGGGUAAACAAUAUUGAAAAAAUCCCUGCCCAGUUUUUUGUUAAGCGUUGGACUAGGGACGUGCUUCCCAAAAGUAUAUUUUCUAUUGAGCGUCGAUACGGCGUUGACACCCGUCCACAAGCUGCUGCGAGAAGUCAGAUUCUUGAGAUUGUAACCGAAUGCGUAGACGCAUUAAGAAGUGAUGUUGGAGGACUUUCUACUUUCGCUGAGCAGAUAAAGGAACUGAAAUCCAAGUUACUAAAUGGAGGACCAGUUGAUGACGAAGCCAAGAAUGAUAACUAUGCUGCUGUUGAAGAAUUGCUUGGUGUUUCUUUAGAUGGGGACGUAACUCUCAACAAUCCAGACGAGAUCAGGAACAAAGGAUGCGGCAAACGUCAACGAUUGUCUAGAGCAUCGCAGGAUGGCACGAGCAACUCUGCUGUCAAACCUCCCAAAACACCAAGGCUUUGCCGAACAUGUAUGAAGUACGUGACUGGGCAUGAUUCAAGAAAUUGCAAGAAAAAGAAGAAGAAUAAAUCGGGUAACGAGGAUGAGGACUCAAGCUCUGCGAGUCUGGAGUCCACUUGA